UGAAGACGGCCAUAUGACCUGCUUGGAAGGGAUGCGGCGGAGGCGCUGGUCGCCAUGAGCUAGCAGUAUGGGAGGCGAGGGGGCGGGCCGCGGCGCCGCGCGCUGUCACGUGGGCGACUCGCCCCCGCGCGCGCCCGCCAUGGGGUUCGCGGCGCCUGCGCAGGACGCGCUGCUCGACCGUGGGCUCGCACCUGCACCCGCGCCUGCACCCACACUCGCCGCGCUGCACCGGGCGCAUUCCAGGUCGAUGUCGUCUUUACCUCCGGAGCCGUUUAUGAUGCUCCGUGCUAAAGCUUUAAGCAAGCGCGUCAUCAUCAACGUGGGUGGUGUAAGACACGAGGUGCUAUGGAGAACCCUAGAACGACUGCCACACACGCGGCUUGGCCGACUACGAGACUGCAACACGCACGAAGCCAUCACAGAACUCUGCGAUGACUAUUCGCUUCAGGAUAACGAGUACUUUUUUGACAGACACCCGAAGAGCUUUAGUUCGAUUUUAAAUUUCUAUCGAACUGGUAAACUUCACUUAGUGGAUGAAAUGUGUGUGUUGGCAUUCAGCGAUGAUCUCGAGUAUUGGGGCGUGGAUGAGUUGUAUCUGGAGUCUUGUUGUCAACACAAGUAUCACCAACGGAAGGAGCACGUUCAUGAGGAGAUGCGCAAGGAAGCCGAAAGUUUAAGGCAGCGGGAAGAAGAGGAGUUUGGUCAGGGCACAUGUGCUCAAUAUCAGAAAUGGCUUUGGGACUUAUUGGAGAAGCCGACCACGAGCAUUGCGGCGCGGGUGAUUGCUGUGAUAUCGAUUCUUUUCAUCGUGCUCUCCACGAUAGGGCUCACUCUCAACACAAUCCCUCAAAUGCAAGUUCACGAUGACAAAGGCCCGAUGGACAAUCCGAAGCUGGCAAUGGUCGAGGCCGUGUGCAUCACUUGGUUCACGCUCGAGUAUGUGCUGCGGUUUAGUGCCUCACCGGAUAAGUGGAAGUUUUUUAAGGGUGGACUGAACGUUAUAGACUUACUGGCGAUACUGCCGUAUUUUGUGUCUCUAUUCCUUCUCGAAACAAAUAAGAACGCUACGGAUCAGUUCCAAGACGUGCGUCGUGUUGUUCAAGUAUUUCGUAUAAUGCGAAUACUGCGCAUCCUCAAACUUGCACGACAUUCGACCGGGUUGCAAUCCCUCGGUUUCACACUCAGGAACUCUUAUAAAGAACUCGGCCUUCUAAUGUUGUUCCUCGCUAUGGGAGUGCUUAUAUUUUCUUCGCUGGCGUACUUUGCCGAAAAGGAAGAACCUGGUACCAAAUUCAUUUCGAUUCCGGAAACAUUCUGGUGGGCCGGCAUCACCAUGACGACAGUCGGAUACGGUGACAUUUACCCUACGACUCCGUUGGGCAAGGUCAUCGGCUCAGUAUGCUGUAUCUGCGGCGUGUUGGUAAUUGCGUUACCCAUUCCCAUUAUCGUCAACAAUUUCGCCGAGUUUUACAAGAAUCAGAUGCGGCGCGAGAAAGCCCUUAAGCGUCGAGAGGCUCUCGAGCGAGCCAAGCGCGAGGGCUCCAUAGUAUCUUUCCACCACAUAAACCUACGAGACGCUUUCGCCAAGAGCAUGGACCUCAUCGACGUCAUUGUUGACACAGGACACAAUUUGUCGCAGGCGGAUGCUACUAGUUUGGAAGGCGAAGCUCCUGUGACCACUGGCUGCUAUAAACAAUACGAACACAGUAUACCCAACAAGCUCUCUCUCGAUACAGAAUCAAAUCAGGGUAGCCCCAAAAAAGAGAGACGGUACUCCAAUGAAGUCCCCGGCACGCCAGAGAAGCGUCUCCUGAUAAACCCCGAGCCUACUCCUGAUAAGAAGAUGGCUGACAAACAGCUUGACUUGGAUCAGCUGCCUUCUGAGUUUGAGUGUUGUUUUUGCACGUUCAAGGGUUACAAGGAGUUCAUAGAUGCAGAGCAAUUGAUGCCUAUGUCCACGUCUGAUCUGCGCCAGCCAGUCUGUGUAGAGCUGGCUUGUCUUCAGCGACAUCCUGCACCCAAGGCCCUACCAGAGGCCACACCUAACAGUUUAGAUAGCCCAGAUACAUUUGCAUCAUGCCUUACGCACCCUUUUCCUUCAGAGGGAGACAUCGCAUGCGAGAACGACUCGUCAAACUUGUAUGUGAAUCCUCUGGAUGGUAGCGGCGGGGGCGGCGCGGGUGCGGGAGAGGGUGGGGUACCGGGGGUACGGCGGAGCGCUUCCGGGGACGGGAACGUGUUGUGUGCGAAGGGUUCGCAGGGCGAGGUGUCACCGCGCGGGUCGCGGGCCAGUCUGAGCGGCGCUGUAGUGCGGCCCCUCGACGCCUCGAGGACCAGUCUGCCGCAGCCCUUAGACGAUUUACCCGACGACACAAAGCCCAAACACAGAAAAGCUCGCUUCCAACAGGAAUGGACCGACGAAGAGAGGAAGCCGCCGAGGGGUAUAGCAACGAGGAUAAUCAAUCACCACAUCCUUUUUGGUAAAAACGGCAACAAACGGGGGGGCGGCUGGCCGUCAGAAGGCGACUCGCGUUCCCGGUCCAUCCUCAAGAACAAGGAGUCGCGCGGUACAGACAGCGAGCUGCUUCUGCAAGAAACUACAUCACUCGGCGCAAAUGGUGACUCCGGUAGUGAAUCAUCGCCGAUCCGACUAAAAGACUUCAAAGGCCAAAACCACAAAGGUGGAGCACCGGAGAGGGAUAACGUGAUGACGUAGACCGCUUCGAGCUUAGGCGUGACGUCACGAUACAUCACGCCUCGCCUCAAAAAUCGACGCGAACGACCUUAAUUAGUACUUAGAAUGCAAUAAUAUAUUGAAUAAUUUUAACAUAUCAUUGGGCGAUUGUGACUGCUUGUUGAAUAUAGAAUUUCAUUUAGUAGGAUUAUAAAUAUUGUAAAAAUAUAUAUAUUGUAAUUGUUCAUUCCAAUCGAAAAGUUGAAGGUAUCUAUUUGUUAAGUUUUUUUACGUGCAAUUAUUAAUUGCUAAAUUUAUAAUGUAAGCGAAUUAGUUUGUACAGCGUAGUCGAUGAAAAUGAAGCAAUUAUUAAAAUUAAACAUU